CGUCUCGCCCAGCAGGCCCUGGGCGGCGAGUCGCGCGCCAGUCUCGCUGCCCGCCUCGCGCCGUUCCCGAUGCGUGCGCGCAUGGAGGGGCAGGCGGGCCCCCCGGGCGAGCCCCGCGGCCGCUCAGCCCGCGCGAUGCUGUGCCGCGGCCCGGUGGAGCCGCUCGUUUUCCUUGCCAACUUCGCCUUGGUCCUGCAGGGCCCGCUCACGACGCAGUAUCUGUGGCACCGCUUCAGCGCCGACCUGGGCUAUAAUGGCACCCGCGACAGGGGGAGCUGCCGCAACCACAGCGUGAACCCCCUCAUGCAGGAAGUGGACACCCUCACCUCCCACUGGACCCUCUACAUGAACUUGGGCGGCUUCCUGGUGGGUAUCUUCUCGUCCACCCUGCUGGGGGCCUGGAGUGACUGCGUGGGUCGCCGGCCGCUGCUGGUGCUGGCCUCCUUCGGCCUGCUGCUCCAGGCCGUGGUGUCCAUCUUUGUGGUGCAGCUGGAGCUCCACGUCGGCUACUUUGUGCUGGGCCGCAUCCUUUGUGCUUUCUUCGGUGACUUCAGUGGCAUCCUGGCUGCUGGCUUCGCCUCCGUGGCUGAUGUCAGUUCCACCCACAGCCGCACCUUCCGAAUGGCCCUGCUGGAAGCGUGCAUUGGGGUGGCAGGGAUGUUGGCCAGCCUCCUCGGGGGCCACUGGCUCCGGGCCCAGGGUUACGCGAACCCCUUCUGGCUGGCCUUGGCCUUGCUGAUAGCCAUGGUUUUCUACGCGGCAUUCUGCUUUGGUGAGACGGUGAAGGAUCCAAUGCUCACCCGGCUCUUUACGCUCCGUCACCACCGCUCCAUCAUCCGGCUCUAUGUGGCUCCUGCCCUGGAGAAGUCCAGGAAGCAUUUAGCUCUGUACUCAUUGGCCAUCUUCAUGGUGAUCACUGUGCAUUUCGGGGCCCAGGAUAUCCUGACACUCUAUGAGCUGAGCGCACCCCUCUGCUGGGAUUCCCAGCUAAUUGGCUACGGUUCUAUGGCUCAGCAACUCCCGUACCUCACCAGCCUGCUGGGUCUGCGGCUGCUACAGUACUGCCUGGCUGACACCUGGGUGGCCGAGAUAGGCCUGGCCUUCAACAUCCUGGGGAUGGUGGUCUUUGCGUUCGCUACCAUCACAGCCCUCAUGUUCACAGGGUAUGGGCUCCUCUUCCUGUCGUUAGCCAUCACACCUGUCAUCCGGGCCAAACUCUCCAGACUGGUGAGCGAGUCAGAGCAGGGUGCUCUCUUUUCUUCUGUGGCCUGCGUGAAUAGCUUAGCCAUGCUGACAGCCACUGGCAUCUUCAACUCGCUGUAUCCGGCCACCCUGAACUUUAUGAAGGGCUUCCCCUUCCUCCUAGGAGCUGGCCUCCUCCUCAUCCCGGCCAUUCUGAUUGGGGUGCUGGAAAAGGCUGAUCCUCACCCUGAAUUCCAGCAGUUUCCCCAGAGUCCCUGAUCUGCCUGGACCAUGGGACAGGGGCAGAAGGAGUGGAGUGAGCUCUGACCAGCUCACAGCAGCACCGCAGCUCCCUCAAAGGGCUGUGCUGUGAAGAAGUGGUCAGGCUAGACCAAGGCCCCACCUCAUCCACAACUGUGCCAACCUGCGACUCUAGGAUGUGGACUCAUAACCCAGACAGGCUUACUCCAGGGCAGGGAGGGGGUGGGAGAGCCAUUGGGAGAGGAGUUUGUUCACCCUUUAUGCCAUCUGUCACUUGGAACCCCCCAGGAUAGAGGUGACACCUCAGGAACCAGUAGAAGCAUGAGGGCUGGUGUCUCUACUUCCAGUCAAAACUGCCCAGCCCACAGUGUUCAGUUCAUGACGUGUGUACCAGCUGCCUGACACUCUUUAAUGAUAAAUAUAGUGUCAGGUAGUGCCAGUCUUGGGGAGAGGUAGGUUCAGGGGAGGGGCUUAGUGCCCUCUGGAGACAGUGCUGUUGUCUGCAUGGGCCCCAGAGCCCAGCAAUACCAAUCACAAUAAUAAAUCCCUAUGAUCACAUGGAAAUGAAA